AUAUGCAAAUUAAUAAGAGAUGAUUUUACCUGGUGAAAACUAUUAACUUGCAAAUGUACAAUGUACUGAGGCAACAAUUAAAGAGACUUCAUGAUAAGGCCAUAGUUCAUGACGGACUGAUUUUAUCUAAAUGUGAACAUAAAUUAUUUGCGUAGUGUAUUUCUUUUAAAAUCCAUACAUUAGCGUGAAAUGUUAGUUUUCAAAAAGCUGUUGCGUGUCAAUUCUCGUACUGUUUAGGAAAAGAAAAGGGGAAAAAUGACGUUAUUUUAUGUGUAUACUUAUUUGCUGAUUAUAUACGAAGCAAGUGCUGUAGUAAACUUCAGGAUAACUAGUUUUAAAACGUGUACAUCGUCUAGUUCUAUUUUGGAUACCGUCAAUGGAAUCACUGUCAAACAAUGUGUAGAGGAAUGUUCGUCACUUUUCGGCUGUUCAGCUGUCAACUAUAAACGGUUUUAUAAACGAUGUGAACUUCAUUCAAAUCAGCACGAGAACCGCGUGGCUCGUCCCGGCGAAUCGUGUGUAUAUAUAAAAAGAUCAGACAUGCAAGGUGAAGAUUUGUCGACAGGCGGGUGUCAAGGUUGUGAUGAUGGGGACACUUGUGACAACACCAAGUGCGUCCCAAAAUCAUGUGCCGCCUUUGAAGUGAAGAAUGGUGUUAUACAUGGCAAUAUGAAAGCAGUUGGGUCACGCGUAGAAAUCGCUUGUUACAAACUUUUCAAGGACAUUUCUGGAAAGACGCAUGCAGUCUGUCAGAGAAAUGGGUCGUGGACACACCGUCCGAAUUGCACACUGGGUUACACAUACAUGGGUUGCUAUCAAGACACAAAAGAUAGAAUUCUUUCCGAAAAACAUUUCUCAUCUAGAUCAAUGACGACAGAGAUGUGCGUUAUGGAGUGUUUUGACUCUGGUUUUAUAUAUGCCCAAACCCAG